AUGCAAGGUCCCGCGAUGGCCGCCGCAACGGCGAAGGAGAAAAGUUAUGGCGGAGGUGUCUCGGAACCUCCGAGUCAACAGAGGAAUGCUGACGAGUCCGUCUCUCGCUUUCGAAUUGAGAGUGCUACUACUCAAUUCGAAUCCCACAAGUUACCAAAUGCCGUGCGCGACUCGCAGGAUCAUGGUGCCGCUGGCUCGUUGGGAACGCCCUCGACGAGGGACGGCGCGUUGGCGAAUGAUAUGGAAGAGACGCUUCUGCACCACGCGCGCAUGCUCGCGCGCGAGCGCAGCAAGCGCGCUGAAGCCUCUGCGCGCCGAGAGGAAGCGGAGGCGCGGUGGCGGGCGGCGGAACAAGAGGCGGACGGUCUCCGCCGUGAGCUGGCCGCGCUGCUAUUGCGGAAAGCGGGGGACUCCGUAGUGUCCGCGACGGGCGUUGGGCAGGAGCUGUUAGGGGAAGCAGGCGCGGGGAUGGCGGGGCAGUUGGCGGAAUCAGAGCGCGAGAUGGCGGAGUUGCGGCGGGACGUGGGGGAGGUGACGCGGUGGGUGCGCAGGAGCGAGAUGCGCGCGCGGGAGGGAUGGCGCGCGGUGGAGGGGAUGAUGGGGGGAAUACGGAGGCGGAUGGAUAGAACGAGAGGGGAGGAAGGCGCGCCAGGAGGCGGAGGAGGGGUAAGCAGCGGGGGCGCAGAGGAGCGCGCAGGGGAGCGCGCAGGGGAGCGCGCAGGGGAGGAAUGCGGGAAUGAAGCGGAGAGGGGAGAUUGCGGUAUGCAAGAGGGGCUUGGAGAUGCGCGGAGCAUGCUUGGAGUGUGGGGAGGCGAGGUUGUAGCAGGGGGGAACAGCGGGAACGAGGGAGGAGGGGCGCGGAUAAGCGAGCUUGGUGAGGGGGAAACGGGCAGCGCGGGGGCCGAAGAAGGGAGGUGGAGAGGGAUAGGGCGGGGGAAGGAGAGAGGGAGGGGUAGGUUGGAGCGGGUGAUAAGGCGGAUUCGGGAUUUGCAGGCGAGGGUGCAGGAGGAGAGAUGGCAGCAGGCUGAGUUGGAGCAGCAAGUGGAGAGGGCAGGGCGGGAGGUGGCACGAGUUAAGUCGCUCGUUGGGGAAGCCGUGGGGGGGGAGAGGAAGAUAGAAGACGGGGAAGGAAGGAUGGGGCAUGGGAAUGAAGGUAGUGAGGAAGGGGAGCAGGAGGACGGUUUCGUAGGGUUGAGAGUGGUAGGGGUUGGUGAAGUGGCAGAGGAAGAGAGUGCGGUAGGCAGGGGAGGGAUGGGUGGGAUGGGUGGGAUAGAAGGGGAGGAAGAGGGGACAGAGGGAGAGGAGGGAUCGGAGGGGAGUGCAAGGGAGGGGAGGCGAGUGGGUAAGGACGGAGGAGAGGAGGAUGAGGAGGUGGAGAUAGUGUGUGGGUGUGCGGUUGAGGCGAGUGUGGGGAGUGGGAAGGAGGUGGUGUGCGAGGGGGGACGAGGAGGGGAGGAGUCUGGUGCAGGACAUGGGCGUGGGAGGGAAGAGCGGGUGGAACAAGGUGGAGAGGAGUUGAGAAGGAUUCAGGAGCAGGUGAACGGGGGGUUUGAGAGGACGUGCGAGGGGGAGUGUAAGGAAGAGUGUGGAGGAGCGUGUGAAGGGGAGUGCGAAGGCGAGUGUGAGGGGGAAUAUGAUGGGGACGAGGUAGGAGGCAUGGCGUUUGUGCUGGCAGGGGUGGAGGCGGAGUUACAGCAGGUGCAGGCGCAGGUGCAGUGGGUUGCAGGCAGGCGAAGCGAGGUGCAGCAGUGCGUGCAUGCAGUGUGGGCGCGCCUGGUGCUGCUGCUGCAAAGGCAGGUGGAUGGAGCAAGAGGGGGAGGUGUCGAGCAGGAGGAAAGAGCGCGGGAGGAGGAGAAAGGCAGGUUGCAUGAGGAGGAGGGAGGGGAGAGGGGUUUGGGGAGGGUGGAGAAGAGCCGUGGUGCUGUGGGAAAGAGGGAGGAGGGCCUGGGGAAUUCGUGGAUAGAGGGGCUUGAGAGGCAGGUGAGGAAGGAGGGGAUGAGGGAAGGAAGGGAGAUGUUGAGGAUGGUGGAAGCGCAGUUGAAGGAGGAAAGGGAGAAAGUGUGUGAGGCAGAGAUGAACGAGGGGGAGGUGAGGGAGGAGGUGGAAAGGAAGGGGGGGAGAGUGAGGGAGUUGGAGGAGGGUGUGAGGGAGAAGGAGGAAAAGGUGAAGGAGCUUGAGAGUAGGUUGGAGAAGGCAGAUGUUCUUAUAAGGGAAGCGGAUGAGCAGCUGCUAGUGGAAAAGGACAAGGUUGGGAGGUUGGAGGAGAGUGUGAGGGAGCUUGAGGAGGUGGUGAGAGCGAGAGAGGUGGAGGAGACGAAGGAGGUGGUAGCAGAAGAGGUGAGGGAGACAGCAAAACAGGUGGUUCUGAUAGAGGUGGAGGCAGAGGAGGUAGAGGUAGAGGCAGAGGUAGAGGAGCGGAGGAAGCAGGGUGGAGAACUGGAGGGGGUGGUGGAGGAGAGAGAGGGGUGUGUGAGGUGUGUGGGGGAAGAGAAUUUGCGGAACGGUGUGUUGGAGGGCGGGGUGAGUGAGUGGCGGAAGCAGGUGGAGGUGAUGGGAGGGGAGGUGGAAAGAGGGAAGGGUGCGGUCAGGGAGGUUGAGGAGGAGGUGGGGAGGCUGAGAGGAGAGGUGAGGGCGAGGGAGGAGGAGGCUGGGAGGUGGAAGGCGGAAGCGGAGGAGAGAGAGAGGAGAGUUGGGAUGCUUCAGGGUGAUGUGGUGCUGCUGGAGAGUGAGUUGGCAGCGUGCCGUGCUGAUCUGGCGAGGAUUUGUGCUGAGGUGGCGGAGAAGCAUGCUGACGUGGUGGAGAAGCAUUCUGAGCUGGCCGCAGCGAGAGAAACAAAUUCGGAACUAGAGGAAAAACUGCAGGAGCAAGAGGGGAGAGUAAGAGAGCAGGCGGCAAGGGCAAGGGAGCAGGAGGAGAGGGUAGAGGCUUUAGAGGAUCAGGUGGCAGCGAGAGAUGCGAGGAUACGGUGGAUGGAGAAGGCUGGGUUGGAGACUUGUGCGAGACUGCGAGCAGCGCAGGAAGAGGUGAGGGCGAGGGAGGAGAGUAUAGAGGAGAUGGUGAGAGAGGUGGGUGUGCUGGGGAGGCGAGUGGAGGAGGCACGUGGAGAGGCGGUGGAGCAGGGGGAGCGAGUGAGGGAGCUGAAGGGGGUGGUGAGGGAGAUGGAGAGGGAGAGAGAGGUGAAACGGAUGGACGGGGUGGCGGUGGGUAGGGGUAAGGGGACAGGGAAGGGAGGAGAGAUGGAAGGCGGGGGGGGGAUGGGAUGGGGAGAGUGGGGAGGGGAGGGGAGGGAAGGGAUGAAGGGGGUGAGGGUAGUGAGUGUUGGUUGUGUGGAUGAGGUAGAGGAGGAUGUGGGUGGUGUGGAUGCAGGUGUGGGAAAGGCGGGAGGGACGAAAACAGAGGUAGUGGGUGUGAGAGCGGAGGAAAAUGAGGGGGCAUCCGUGGUUGGUGGUACAGGAGAGAGUGGUGGCAUAGCUGUUGUGGGAGAGGAAAUGAGAGGAGUUGAAGGGACAGGGGAAGCAGGAGGGGCAGGAGCAGCAGGAGCUGCAAGAGCGGCAAGAGAAGAGGGGGGCAAGGAUGGAGAGGUGAGAAGGCAGGGAGAGGAGGAAGGAGAGGUGGUGUGGCUAAGAGAGCAGGUGCGAGAGAAGGAAGAGAGAGUGAACGAGAUGGAAGGAGAGAUAGAGAGGGCGAGAGAGGAGGUGAAGAGAGAGGUGGAGAGGAGGGCAGGCGUGGAGCGGGAGGUGGGGAAGGAGAAGGAGCGGCGGAGAAUGGUCGAGGCGUCGAAAGCACAUCUGUUUCUGCAGCACCAGUCGGCACAGGAGCAGGUGUACAAGCUGAAGAUGAUGGAGAAAGGGCAGCGGAGAGAGGUGGAGAGCAGACUAGCGGCGGAGAGGCGAGCAGUGGAGGAAGCAGAGGAGGCUGUGAGAGUGCAGGAGGAGCUGCAGGGAGUGAUAGAGAUAAGGGAGAGAGAGCUGGAGGUGCUGGGGGAGGAGAAGGAGGCUGCGGAGAGGAGGGGGGUGGAGGAGGUGGAGGGGUGGAGGGAGAGAGUGAGGGAGGUGGAGGGAGAGGUGGAGGAGAAGGGGAGGGAGGUCGUGAGGCUGGAAGCGGAGGUUGGUGGUUUGAGGGAGAGAUUGGGAGGAGUUUUGGGGGAGUUGGAGAGGGUGGGAGGGGAGAGGGAUAGGUUGGAGGGGUUGGUGGGGGAGAUGGAAGGGCGGGUGCAAGGGUUGCAAGAGGAGAUGGAGAGAGUGGAAGGUGAGAAGAGGGAAGUGGUUAAUGAGGUGGGGAGAGUGAGGGAGGAGAAGGAGGAGGUGGAGAGGAAUGUAGAGGAGAUGAGGGAGGAGGAGGAGCGAUUGCGAGCAGAGGUAGAGGUGCUAAAAGAGAGGGUGGCGGAGCUCGAAGAGGAGGUGGAACGGGAGAGGAGGGCGAAGGGGGACGCGGAGAGGGAGUGGGAGAGGGUGAAAGGGGAGUUGGAGAGGGGGAGAGAGGUGGCAAUGGUGCAGAGGCAGCGGAUGGGGGCGAUGGAGGGUCGUGUGAUGAGCCUUCAAGAGGAGUGUGAGGCGUUGCAUGAGGUGGUGGGGGUGAGGGAGAGGAGAGUGAAGAAGGUGGAGGAGGAAGGGGAGAGGAGAGUGAGGGAGGUGAAGGAGGAGAAGGAGAGGGGAGAGGUGGAGGAUUUAAAGGGAGAGGUGAAAAGGAGGGAAGAGGAACGUGAGGAGGAGAGGAAAAUAUGGUGGGAGGUGGAGAGCGAGGAUGAGCGGUUGCGUAAGGAGGUGGAGGAGAGGGAGGAGGAGGUGAGGAGGGUGAGAGGAGAGGUGGAGCGGAAGGAGAGGGAGGUGGAGGAAAUGCAAGGGGAGAGAGACAGGUGGAAGGGCGUGGCAGAGGCACGGGAGAGGAGGGUGAGUGAGAUGGAAGGGAAGGUGAGAGAGAGGGAGGAGAGGGAGGUGGGAUGGAAAUUGAAGGAGCGAGAGUGGAAGGAGAGAGAGCGGGAGUGGGAUAAUAAAUUGGCUGACUGGGAGGGACGGGAGGGAGAGUGGAAGGAGAGGGAGGAGCAGUGGAAGAAACAGGUGGGGGAAGCUGUGAGGGCUGCAGAGGCUGCAAGGGUGGGGAUCAGCCAAGGACGAACGCGAGAGGAGGAACUGAGAGAGAAGGUGCGGGAUGGGGAGGAGGAGGUGGAGAGGCUGAGGCGAGUGGUAGGUGAGAUGGAGCAGGAACGAGAAGAGCUGAAGGUACUGCUGGCAGAGGGGGAGAGGCGAUUGGUGGAAGCAGAGGGGGAGGUGCAGGGAUUGCUGUGUAGGGUGGAGGAGAUGGAGGGGGAGGUGGCGAGGGGAGUGGAGGAGGAGAGGAGGAGGGUGGAGGAGGAGGGGAGGGGAGAGGUGGUGGUGCUGCAGGUGGAACGAGGGGCAGAGGGGAUUGUGGUGGUGAGAAGGGAAGUGGAGGAGGUGCGAGGGGAGAAUGAGACGCUGAGGUGGGAGAUUGAGGUUUUAAAGGGAGAGAAUGAGGCAUCGAAAGGGGAAAGAGAGCAGUGGGCAAGGCAGCAGGUGCAGGAGAGUGUGCGUGUGGGGGGGACCGGCGAGCAGCAGAGGGACGGGAGUGGGAGCAAGCUGCAUGGCGGUGUGGAGGGAGGGAGUGAGGGGGCGAGAUGGGUGAGAGAGGAGGAGAGGCAGGUGGAGGGAGUGGAGGAGAAGAGGGGGGAGGUGGAGAGUGUGCAAGCGAUGGUUGAGGUACGGAGUGAAAUGAAGAGCGAGAGGGAGAGGGAGAGGGAGUUAGAUGCAUGGCAGGUGGCACAGGAAGAGGCAGAGGAGGAGGUGAGGAGGGAGAUGUGGAGGGAGGUGAGACGGUUACAGGACGAGGUAGCAGCUGCAAGGGCUGAAACACAGAGGGUGGACGCAGAGAGAAGGGCUGCUGCUGCUGCAAGGGAGAGAGAGGCGGAGGAACGGGAGAGAGUGGAGGGGAAGUGGAGGGAGAGUGAGGAGGUGGUGUGUGUGCUGAUGCGAGAAAUAGAGGAGCUGAGGCGGGAAGGGCACGCACGGGAGAUGGAGGGACAGCAGCUGGCUGGAGCAGCGGUGAGGGAGUUGGAUAGGCUGAGAGAGAGAGUGGAGGAGGUGGAGGCAGCAGCUGAGGCGGCACGGAGGCUCGUGGUACAAGCAGAGGAGGAGGGCAAAGGAAAGGGUUCAACGCAGGAGAGAAGAUGGAACGUUUCUGCUUCUGGUGCUGCUGCUGUUGUUCCUGCUGUGGUUGGCGCUGCUGCUGAUGCUGCCGCAUCUGGCUGUACAAGCACUGCCGGGGCGACUGUGCGAGAGCAGGCACGGGGGCGGGGAGGGGCGGGGCAGCAGUGCAAGCAGCGAGUUGGGCAGGGCGGGGGCAAGGGCGUGGUGCUGCAGGGGUGGCAGGCGAGGGAGAUAGAGGCGCACAUCCAGCACAUGGAGCAUGUGUGUAGGCAGUUCCAGGAGGCGUUGGAGGCGAAGCGGCAGCAGGUGGGGCGAUGGGAGGCGGCAGUGAGGGAGGUGGUGAUAGGGGCGGAGGAGGAGAGGGCAGCGCGGGAUUCAGCACUGCACACACUCAUGGGGGAGCUAGCAUCACACCACUUGCAAUCCUUCAUAUUUCUUCCCCACGCCCUCUCUCUCCCCAUCUGUCCCAUACCGCCUUCCCCACUUCCUGCAGACUUCCAUCCACAUCCACCCCUCCCCAUCUCGCCUCUGCCCCACCACAUGCCGCCACAAGCUCCCUCCUCCACAACACACCUCGCCUCCACCCUCUGCUUCCACCAUUCCCACACACAGCUGCAGCGAUUGAGAGAGCGAGCCCGAGAGCUGGUGGGGGGGACAGGGGAGUGGGAGGGGCCAGCAGCAGCACGACUAGCAGCAGCAGACGCAGGGUCAAGGGAAGAUGGCAGAGCAGAGUCGGCGAGGGUGGGGGGGAUUGUACGGAGGGGGAGGGGCAGCGUAGGCGCGGAGCAGCAGGAGGAGAGUGAGGGGCAGGGCGGAUGUGAUGCACAGGGCAGCAGAGAGAGGGAGGGAAUGGAAGCAGAGUGGGGCGUGGGAAGGGGGCGAGUGGGCGAUAGGGCAGAGGAGAAUGUGGGAGAGGGGGAAGAGGAAGGAAUCAGUAUUAGAGCAGGCAGUGGGGAAAUGGUGAUGCCGCAGGAGAGGGUGCAGGAGAGGGAGCAAUACGAGGAGAGGGUGGUGGGAAGGAAUGCGUGGUUCUGGUGGAAGGGUAGUGAGGGCAGGAAGCGAGGCAGUGACUUGUGUGGACAUGUAAGUGAUGAUGAGUACUCCUCUCCCUCCUCCCCUCCUCCCCUCCUCCCCUCCUCCCCUCCUCCCCUCCUCCCUCCUCCCCUCCUCCCCUCCUCCCCUCCUCCCCUCCUCCCCUCCUCCCCUCCUCCCUCCUCCCCUCCUCCCCUCCUCCCCUCCUCCCCUCCUCCCCUCCUCCCCUCCUCCCCUCCUCCCCUCCUCCCCUCCUCCCCUCCUCCCCUCCUCCCCUCCUCCCCUCCUCCCCUCCUCCCCUCCUCCCCUCCUCCCAUCCUCGUGCCCGGUGCUUUUUUUGAGUUGACUCAUACCACACCUGUCACACACCGCUCGCCCUCCUCACCUUCACCCUGGUUCUCCCAUCGCGUCCCCACCCCCCCAGCACACCGCCCUACAUCACACCAUGACGCUGCCAUGACUCUUUUCUGCCGCACCUGCCCCUCUCCCACUCCCGCUGCCCCGCUUUCCCAUCCACCCCAAGUCUCUCUCGCCCUCUCCCGCCCUUUCUCGCCCAACCUCUCCAUCUACAUCAUAAGUGCGACCAUGUCUUUCGGGGCGCCGCAAAAGUCUUUCCCUCCUAUCCCCCCUACCUCCCCUACCACCCCCGUGCCUCAGAAACCUACCCCUGUCGGCGCCUCUGCCCUGCCUCUCUCCCACGGCCCUUCUUCUCCUCGCUCCCCCCAUGCCGCUCUGGUGCAUGGGCGGGCAUGCAUGGCGUGGGCACCAGAAGUGGGUGGUGGACAGUGCGUGGAUGGACGCACUCAGACAGGAGCAUGUGAGCAUGCAGCAUGCCAUGUUGGAUCAACAGCAGCGGAUCACCACACUGCAACAGGUGCGUACGCUUCACCUCAAACACUUCCCCACAGCACAACACUUCACUCUCCCUCUCUCAUCCCCCUCUCCUCUUUCCCAUACAUCCUGAUUCCCUCCCUUGCCAUUUCGCCCAUUCCCCCCCACCCCUCCCAUUCACGCGUCCACACAUGCCUCGCCCCUUGCUCGUACCCCAUCCUCACGUCAGCGCCAUGCAGCAGUGCAGCAGGGGCAGCAGCAGUGGGAGGCAAAAGCACGGGAGCAGAUUCAAGCCAUUCACCAGGUAACUGGGAAGAAGGCAUGGUGUGCAAUGGAAGAAAGGUAGGAGAGGGAGUGGGGCGUGCACUGCAGGGGGCGGGUGGCACGCAGUGCAGGGGUGGAGGAUGGAGGUGA